GACGCCAGCAUGCAUAUUUUGUGCGUUUAAAGCGUUUGUCCACAGCACUUAUGAUUACGAAAUAAGUCACGAGAAUAGAAUACUUAUUUGCAGUAGCUGUUGGCGUUUCGUUAUUAGUGUUUUUGCCCCUUUUUUGAGCUGCAAAGGAAAAAAGAAAGAAUUUUUGGUAUACAAAACCUGGUGAUGUGUUCGUGUAUUCAUAUCUUAUGCCAACAUGCUCUUACCUACGUUAUUGUUUCUUCUUAGUUGUGCUUAAUUGUAAAACUCAAGGUGACUUGAAUUAUUAAUAUUAUUAUUAUAGAUAUUUCCUAUUAUUUUUCUGUCUGUAACAAUCCAAUUUUAUUUUAGAAAAUUAUGGUUUGUUAUAUUCACAUUUUAUGAAAAAAUGUAUAUGUUGUAUGUAUGUUAUUAUAUUUGUUUACAUUGUAGAAGUAGGCUAUGGAAGUAGAGAACUGCAAGAUGUUUUUUUUUUAUAAUAAUAAUAAUUAUUAUUUUCUUAUUUGUCUUCUGCUUUUCAUAACAGACCAAAAUAAUCCAUAUUUUUAUUUUUCUCUUAAAUUAAUUUUUUUACCUCUUUUUUUAUUUAUUUUUUUAUAAGGUGGAAAAUUAUUAAUAACCACAGAUAAAAACUAAGAAAAGACAGAUUCUCCAGUGCACAAUGUUCAUGGCUUGGAAGACAAAUGAGCAGUGCACACUCUUACCCAUGAAUCCUUGCAGAUGGCAUUUUCUGUUUUGCAUUAAAUUAACCUUAAGAGCCUUUUAAGAGAGUCAUUAGACUAGAGUGGAUGGAAGGCCGUGAUUGCAAGAGGUUGAAAAGUACUGCAUAGCAACAUUUUGUCUGCUGCUCCUUAUUUAAUAUCCAAUGUUAUCAUCCCCUUCUAAUUAUUAUUCAGACGGCAUGUUUGAUGGCCCCUCUCUGUUCAAGUCCUCACCAAUCCCCAGAGGCCUCUUUGCAUUGAGGACACGGAGAGAUGCUCCUCAUUGGUGCACAUGUGAAUCAGAGCACGCUAAGACUCAAAACACAGACAGACACACUGGAGGAUGCUUGAGUAACACACCGUGAUCAUGCCGGCUUGCCACCUAUCACAAUGACAUCCAAGUAUGGAUAUGGAUCUUACGGUUUUGGGUUCGAUGUGGCUCCGAUUAGUCACAUGUGUCUUGUUUCUUCUACUGCAGUGGACAGAAAGUUUAACACUUCUCCAGACCUCAACGCUCUGCCUAGACGAGCCCUGCCAAAACAGGGCAGAGUGCAGGGAAGCCCCAUCUGACUUCCUGUGCCAGUGUCAGUGGCCUGCCCCAGUCCUGCCCGGCACGCGUUGCGAUUCUUCCAGUGCGCUCUGCCAACUGUCCAUCUGCCAGGGCAAUGCGACGUGUCAGCCCACCGGCGCCCACCCGGGGGAACUAGUUUGUCAGUGUGAGCCCGGCUUGUUGGGGCAGGACUGUCAUUCCAGUGCCCAGCUCUGCGCUCAGGGGCUGUGUGGGGACAGUGCCCAAUGUCUAGCAGUGCAAGACAGGAACCCGGGGUAUGCAUGCAUCUGUGAGGAGGGUUACACCGGGAGUUUUUGUGAGAAAAAGGUAGACCAUUGCUCCCCCAACCCCUGCCAUAACCGUGCCAUCUGCCGCAGCAGAAGGGAAGGCCCCACCUGCUUCUGCGUGCCGGGAUUCCAGGGUAAACACUGCGAGAUCGAGGUGAAUGAGUGCGUGUCGUGGCCCUGCAGGAACGGAGCCACCUGUCAAGACAAGAUAGGGCACUUCAUCUGUCUCUGCAGGCCAGGAUACACGGGUAGCAGCUGUGAGGUUCAGAUUGAUGAGUGUCAAUCACAGCCCUGUCUCCACGGCGGCAGUUGCCAUGACCACAUCAAUGGCUUCUCCUGCACCUGCCUGGCGGGCUUCCAGGGGGAGCGCUGUGAGACCAACAUCGAUGAAUGCAGCGACCAGCCAUGCCAAAAUGGGGCUCUGUGUGUGGAUGAAAUAAACAGCUACCGCUGUGACUGCUCACGAACUAACUUCACUGGUGUUCACUGUGAGAUCCCGCCUCCUCCCUGCUGGGCUCAACCCUGCCUCAACGAGGCCCUCUGUGAGGAUGGAAAUGGCAACUACACCUGCAUCUGCUGGCCAGGUUUCGAGGGUCGUAACUGUGAGACAGACGUCAGUGAGUGUGAUAGCAGUCCCUGUGUGAAUCAAGGCACUUGCAUUGAGUUCUCUUGGAAACCUCUUUAUGGCACAGAGUCCCUGCUUCCUACUCAAUACAACCCCAGGCAUGCUUCCGGCUUCAUCUGCAAGUGUCCACCACGAUUUUCAGGUGCCUUGUGCGAGCAAAAUACUACUGCUUGUACAACCAACCCAUGUCACAACAGAGCCACAUGUGAAGACUUCCUGGGCAGCUACAAGUGCAUCUGCCUGUCUGAAAGCCAAGAUGGAGUUCUCUACGGUGGACGCAAUUGUAGUGAGCCCCUGGUGGGUUGCGAGGGCCACGAGUGCCAGAAUGGGGCGGCCUGCAUGCCCUUCCUGAGCCAAGGUGUACAUGGCUACAGUUGCAUCUGUCAGCCGGGCUCCACCGGUUCUUACUGCCAGACACCCACCGUAUUCUCCUUCGAGACAGUUGGAGGAUUCCUGCACCUGCAGACCCCGCUGCUGGGUGCGGAAGCAUACUUUAAUAUCACGCUAAGCUUUCGCACAGUACUGAAGAACACAAUGCUCUUUCGGAGGGGCAGCGAAGGGGUCACCCUAAGCCUGGAGCUGCAGGAGACACACCUGCUUCUUGAUCUUAGGAGUGACCCCCAGCCAGACUCAACCAGCUGGACUCUGACACUGCCUAAGGAUGUAUCUGAUGGCGAAUGGCACACGGUAGAGGCCGUGCUUGGCGAGGGUACCCUGCUGCUACAACUACUGGAGCCAUGCCAGGAUGGAGAUAACUGUGGUGCAACAGCCCAAGUGGAGACCGGUGCCCUUGAGCUGGAGUCAGCCCUGCAAAGCACCUUUGUUGGAGGCUCGAAUGAAGGAGGGGGCUCUGGCUCAUUCAUUGGCUGCAUGAGAGACUUGUUUGUGGACUCGCAGCUGAUGGUACCGGAGGAUUGGUUGAGCAGCUCAGUAGUAAAUGUCCUGCAAGGCUGUAGCCAUCAUGACAGAUGCCUUUCCGGUCCAUGCGAGAACCGUGGAAGGUGUGUUAACCUUUGGCAAGGUUACCAGUGCUCAUGUCUGCGACCGUAUGUGGGACAAAACUGUGCUGAGGAGUACAUCACUGCGAGAUUUGGCCAGGAAGACUCUGCAAGCUAUGCUGUCUUCACCAUCACCGAACAACUGGAAACAGACGCACUUUAUCUAUCCAUGUUCUUGCGUACACGGAAGGAGUCUGGUCUUUUGGUACUGCUUGCCAACAGCACCACUGAGUACUUGCAGAUGUGGCUGGAAAAGGGAAAACUCAUAGUACAAGUCAACAACUUGACGACUUUAAUGGGUAGAACUGUGGUUAAUGAUGGUGAGAUCCAUUUUGUCGGCAUCACCAUUAAGGAGGGCACAAUGACUCUGCAGGAGUCAGAUCACGAAUUAGGUGCAAUGAAUGUUCAACCUGUUUCCGUUCAGUUUGAGGAUGUGGUCUAUGUUGGCGGACUGCUUGAUGGGCAAGAGACAUCUGCCUUCGGUGGCUAUUUUAAAGGGUGCUUACAAGACUUGCAGCUCAAUGGGAGGAAGCUAGAAUUCUUCCCACUUGAUGCUUCUGUGUUGUCAUACAGACCUGACCGCAUGGUGGACAUUACCGCAGGCUGCACCAGUGAUGACUCUUGCUCUAAAAACCCUUGCCAGAAUGGUGGCAUGUGCUUCUCUCUAUGGGACGACUUCACAUGCAGAUGCCCUCCUAGCACAGCAGGGCAGCACUGUGAGGAGGUGAGUUGGUGUGAGCUCACCCCCUGCCCACCACAAGCAACAUGCCGGACCCUCAACCAGGGCUAUGAAUGCAUUUCUAAUGUCACUUUUCAAGACAACACCACUCUUGUAUACCAUGGGAAUGGGCUGAUCUCCCGCCACCUGACAAGCAUUGUUUUCAGUAUCCGAACACGUAAACGCAAUGCGGCAGUGUUACAUGCAGAGAGUGAGUCUGACUUUGUUACGGUAUCCAUUCAAGAUGGCUUUCUGAUGCUAGAACUUCUAAGUGGACCUUCUUCCUCGUCAACUUUGACACCGGUAACUCUGCGCAGCCCAAGGCCAGUGGACGAUGGAGAGUGGCAUGCAGUAGAGCUGUUAAUGGCCAGUCCCUGGGCUAACAGCUCCCAGUGGAUCAUGGUCCCUCUUGAUGAAAAGGACGAGCCUACUACAUCUGACUCCAUGACCGGAAAUCUAGACUUCCUUCGAGAAGGUGUCGAUAUCCUUCUAGGAGGACUUGGUCCAGAGUCUGGAUGGAAUCUGAUUGGUUGUCUGAGUAAUGUUGAAAUCGGUGGUAUUGUGCUUCCAUAUUAUAGUCCUGCCGAGGUGAGAUUCCCACGUACACAGGAAGAGAAAUUCAAUAAGGUAUCGGAGGAACCUGUCCAAACUGGCUGUGUUGGUGAGGUGGUGUGUGAACCCAACCCCUGCUUGCACGGGGGAAUCUGUGACGAUCACUUCAACCUUGUCCAAUGCUUCUGUCUACCUGGCUGGGGCGGUGAUCGCUGCGAGCUGAAUACAAACACCUGUGCCUCUAAUCCCUGUCAACACGGAUACUGCAGUGUGCAGGACCUUUCAUACAGCUGCACAUGUGAGAGUGGCUACACCGGCACCAACUGUGAGGUUAAAGUGGACUUAUGUGCCGGUCACAAGUGUGCUAACGGCGGGACCUGCUUGCAUGGCUUCAACAACUAUUCCUGCCUGUGUCCCGAUAGGUUUACUGGGCAAUAUUGCAACACUCCGACUGAAGAGGCUCCGUGGUACGUAGUUGUCAGGAGAGUACCGCCCAAGCUCCCGGUGUCCAUCUGCGGUGAUGAACAGCAGAACUACACUUGUUUCAAUGGGGGGAACUGUUCUGACACCAACAUGAUGUGUGACUGCCUCCCCGGGUUUUCGGGUCACUGGUGCGAACUAGAUCUUGAUGAAUGUAGAUCCAACCCUUGCUUGAAUGGCGGCUACUGCCAGAACAUGGUCAACAAGUUCCAGUGUGUCUGUGAAAUGACCUUCGCCGGCGAGACCUGUGAAAUCGAUACGACGAACCUGAGGUGGACUGGGGUGACAAUGAGUAAACCGGUCUUUGGUGAAGACUAGGAAAAGGGCUGGUGUAAUUGGUUUCUACACAGGUUUAAUAAGCUGGAAUGGUACACAGACUCAAAAUGUUGCUUCACAGCUGGUGUAUAAGAUUGAAAUGAAUAUAUAUUUAAAUGUAAUUCAAGUAUGUAUCAAGUAAGUAAAUUUAUUUGUAAACGUGUAUUUGUUAACCCUGUAUUAUUUGCUAGUUUGGGAAAAAAAAUUGGUGCAAGGGCUCCAUUAUUUACUGGAUCAGGCCAGACGACAUCUCAGUGAAACCUCUUAGUGCCUUAAGAUGACACACAACUACACAUUUUGGGCAUUUUUUAAUUUUGCCUGCGAAAAAUAACCAGACAAUGGGAAAUGUAAAAGCACCUUUAUUGCAGUUCUUGUUACUUUUUUUUAAAUACUUUUUGUCUCACCAUUUUUGCGAUACAAAUAACUGAUUGAUUUUAAAUCCCAUUCCAUAAUUAAUCAUUCCAAUUCGAAAACUUUUCAAAGAAUCCUGGGAAAUAAAAUGUUCCGUUUUUUUUUUAAAUUUAGUUUCAUUUUAAAAAGCAUGCAUUUCUUAAAGGUAGACAACCUAAAAUGGCUUUUAGCAUAGAACACACAUUUAUUUCUGUUUAUGGAAUACUAACAUAACAUUUAAGGUUUCAUUUGGUAUUUAAAUUCAUCAUUUUCCUUUCAAUUUCCAGACUGGUUUAUAUUCAGCGAUAUUGCACUAUUGAUAAACUCAUGGCUCUUUUGUAUCUUAAAAUCACUAUAUUUUAAACCAAUAGUAAGUCACACUCAGUAUUCCAGUAGUCUCCAGUGUUAUGUGUUCAUCUGUCUGUUGAUCUCUGUUAGCGUUCAUGACCAGAUUGUGUACAGUGUCUCUCACAUCCUGUCUUUAGAUGACUGUCUUCAAAUAAAGCAUUUCUCUCCAUCCCGUC